AUAGAGAAAGGGGCAGGGGCAAAGCGGGAAAGACGGAUCGAGAGAGUGGAUAAAACCGGUCACAUCCGGACACAUCGCGGCGAAUGAUAAGUUGAUAACAAAAUGAAUAUUUAUUACAACAAAAAUCAAAAUAAUUAUCGAAUUAUCAUUUUCUACUAUUUUUAUCUGCCAUUGAAUAAUCAGCAUUUAUAUUUGAGGAGCUGACUUCACUUGUUUCCGACUGCCAAGAAGAAUAAUCUCUCUAGCCCACAAAAAAAUAAGAAAUUUAAGCCGAAGAAGAAAUGGCGGAUCAGUUGACAGAUGACCAGAUCUCUGAGUUCAAGGAAGCCUUCAGCCUAUUUGACAAGGACGGCGAUGGUUGCAUCACUACCAAGGAGCUUGGAACUGUGAUGAGAUCGCUGGGACAGAAUCCUACUGAGGCCGAGCUUCAAGACAUGAUUAAUGAGGUGGAUGCUGAUGGUAAUGGAACCAUUGACUUCCCGGAGUUUUUGAACCUAAUGGCCCGGAAAAUGAAGGACACUGAUUCUGAGGAGGAACUGAAAGAGGCAUUCCGUGUUUUUGACAAGGAUCAGAACGGUUUCAUCUCUGCUGCAGAGCUGCGCCACGUGAUGACAAACCUCGGCGAAAAGUUGACCGAUGAGGAAGUAGACGAGAUGAUUCGGGAGGCUGAUGUUGAUGGUGAUGGACAAAUCAAUUAUGAAGAGUUUGUGAAGAUUAUGAUGGCUAAGUGAUGUCCUCACCUCACCAAAUCUUGAACGACUUAUAAAUAUUAAAAUAAAAAUAAAAAUUCCAAAAAAAAAAUUGAUGAACAGGGUUUAAUAGUUAAGGGAUUUCUAGUUUCCUUUUUCAGCAUAUUUAUUAUGGUGUUUAUCGAAUUUCACACUCUGCUGUUAUGUUUGUGGAAUUUCUUUAUCGUUUUUGUGGUGUUAUGUUUGCUACUCGAAUAUGCAGCAAUUUAAAUUUGUAUUCCAUCCGCGUUUGAGAUC